GGUUAGUGCGCAGGCGCGUGCUUGGAGCGCGGCGAAGUGGGGAGUGUGAUCCUGAGCGCAACUCCGCGACGGGCUCAGCGCGCAGGCGUGAGCUCCCCGCCUUGGAGCGAGGCGGCUUGGAAAGUGCGCACGCGCGGGAGUUUCUGGCAGAGAGCAGGCGAGCCCGGGCCGGCGCGGGGCCUUGUGGGAGGGCUUAAGGAAGUAAAAUGGCGGAUCUGGCGAACGAAGAAAAGCCUGCCAUUGCUCCUCCCGUCUUUGUGUUUCAGAAGGAUAAAGGACAAAAGUCCUCUGCAGAGCAAAAAGACUUGUCGGAUUCGGGAGAGGAGCCUCGGGGGGAGGCUGAGGCCCCCCACCAUGGCCUGGGUCACCCCGAGUCAGCGGGUGAGCAUGCCCUAGCGCCUCCCGCCCCCGCUAGUGCUCCAGCCAGCGCACCUCCGCAUCCCCCUGCUGAAGCCCAGCUUCUUCCUUUGCCGCGAGAACUGGCAGGGAGGUCAGCUGGCGGCUCCAGUCCAGAAGAGGGAGAAGACUCUGACCGAGAGGAUGGAAAUUACUGCCCGCCUGUCAAGCGAGAAAGAACAUCAUCUUUAACCCAGUUCCCACCUUCACAGUCAGAGGAGAAGAGCAGUGGGUUCAGGUUGAAGCCGCCAACACUCAUCCAUGGCCAGGCGCCCAGCGCAGGUCUGCCAAGCCAGAAGCCCAAGGAGCAGCAGCGCAGUGUGCUCCGCCCAGCAGUGCUGCAGGCCCCACAGCCCAAGGUGCCAUCCCCGACUGUCCCGAGCAGCGGCACCAAUGGGGUCAGCAUCCCAGCAGACUGCAUGGGACCUGUGACGUCCACAUCACCCGAUAGCCCUGCACGGAGGAGUCCUUUGGAGGCUGCUGAUGAGGCGCGAGCACUUGAGGAGAAGGACCCCCAGAAGAAUGCCCCCAACGACACUCCUGAGGAGGAACACUCUGAGAAAAAAGAAGCUGCACCGCAGACGUUCGUGUUUGGGCAGAACUUGAGGGACAGGGUCAAGUUAAUAAACGAGAACACAGACGUGGCUGACGUGGAGCAUGCCGGGCACCCCAGCUCAGAGACGCCGACCGCGACAAAUUACUUCCUCCAGUACAUCAGCUCCAGUUUAGAGAACUCGACCAACAGUGCUGACGCCUCCAGCAACAAAUUCGUGUUUGGCCAGAACAUGAGCGCCCGCGUCCUGAGCCCGCCAAAGUUCAACGAGGUCAGCUCGGAUGUCAACAGGGAAAACCCAACCACCGAGUCUGGGUCUGAGUCCUCUUCCCAGGAGGCCACUCCUGAGAAAGAGUCCCUGGCCGAGUCGGCAGCCGCCUACACCAAGGCAACAGCACGGAAGUGUUUGUUGGAAAAAGUGGAAGUCAUCACCGGGGAGGAGGCGGAGAGCAACGUGUUACAGAUCCAGUGUAAGCUGUUUGUCUUCGACAAGGCCUCACAGUCAUGGGUGGAGAGAGGCCGGGGGCUGCUCAGACUCAACGACAUGGCGUCUGCAGACGACGGCACGUUACAGUCCCGGCUAGUGAUGCGGACCCAGGGCAGCCUGCGGCUGAUCCUCAACACCAAGCUGUGGGCGCAGAUGCAGAUUGACAAGGCCAGUGAGAAGAGCGUGCGCGUCACGGCCACCGACACUGAGGACCAGGGCGUCAAAGUCUUUCUCAUCUCGGCCAGCUCCAAGGACACAGGCCAGCUGUAUGCGGCCCUGCACCACCGCAUCCUGGCCCUGCGCAGCCGGGUGGAGCAGGAGCAGGAGGCCAAGACACCUGCUCCUGAGCCGGGGGUGGCCCCGUCCAACGAGGAGGACGACAGUGACGAUGACGAUGUCCUGGCUCCCUCAGGGGCCACAGGAGGCGGUGCCGGUGAUGAAGGGGACGGGUCCACGGCCGGGAGCACAUAG